AUGACGGGAACCAAUCCCACCAGAGGGAAGCUAGAACAUGAUGCAAUCGCAAUCGUCGGUUUAUCAUGUCGGCUGCCCGGCGAGGCGUCAAAUCCCGAAAAGUUUUGGGAGUUAAUGGUCAACGCUCGAUCCGCCUACUCAGAGACUUCCAAGCGAUGGAACACCUCCGGGUUUCAUGAUGCAGCCGACGACCGCCCCAACGCUUGCGUGGCUCAGGGUGGCCAUUUCCUCGAUCAAGACCCUUCGGCGUUUGAUGCUACCUUCUUUCAUAUCAGCCAGCAAGAGGCGGCGGCGAUGGACCCCCAGCAAAGGCUCAUGCUCGAACUUAGCUACGAGGCUUUCGAAAAUGCUGGAAUCAAGAUGGACCAUUUAUCUGGGAGUUCAACCGGCUGUUACGUCGGUGUUAUGGGCACCGACUGGAGGGAAAGCUUUUCUCGAGACCCCGAGGCCGUCCCCAAGUAUGCAUACACAGGCUCCGGUACCGAGUUCGUAUCAAGCCGUGUCUCAUGGUUUUACAACCUCACUGGCCCGUGUAUGACUAUCAACACAGCUUGUUCGUCCAGCCUGGUGGCCCUGCAUCUGGCGUGUCAAAGUCUCCGCACCGGCGAGUGCGAGUCUGCACUCGUGGGCGGAGUCAAUUUGAUGAUCAACCCGGAUCUUUCUUGUCACCUGUCCGGGCAGAAGUUCCUAGCCGGUGAUGGAAGGUGCAAGACUUUUGACGCGACAGCUGAUGGAUACGGGAGAGGCGAGGGAUGCGCCGCGUUGGUUCUCAAGCGUGCCAGUGAUGCAAUCCGUGACGGCUGCUCGAUUCGGGCAAUCGUUCGAGCCACUGGUGUGAACCAGGACGGGAAGACCAAGUCGAUAACACUCCCGAGUCAGGAUGCACAGGCGUCGUUGAUUCGGUCAACAUAUAAGCUUGCUGGGCUGGAACCCGGGGAGGCGUCCUACUUUGAGACCCAUGGAACGGGCACGAAAGCUGGCGACCCUCUUGAACUAGGUGCAGUCUAUGCGACAAUGGGAAUUCUGCGACAAGAAGGAGAUCCCCUCUACCUCGGUGCCGUGAAACCUAACAUCGGACAUGGGGAGGCCGUGGCGGGUCUGUCGGCAGUCAUUAAGUGCGUUUUAAUGUUGGAGAAGGAUAUAAUACCACCGACCAUCGCCUUCAGCAAGUUAAAUCCGGCAAUUCCGUUUCAGAAAUGGCGGCUAGAAGUCCCUCGAACCUCGCGGCCAUGGCCAUCGACCAAAGCGACGCGGGUUCUGAGUGUCAAUGGGUUCGGUGCUGGAGGUACCAAUGCCCACAUAAUCCUGGAGAGUAUUGAGAGCUAUCUCAGGCGACCCGGCUUGAAGAAUGUGUGUUCCCAGGAUUUUAAUGGAAACCACAUACUGACACAAUCCGGACACUCCGUAUACUCUCUGAGCCGGCCACAUCUCUUCAUGGUAGCAUCACAGGAUAAGGAAGGCAUCCAACGACAGAAGGAACUUCUUCGCCAACAUGUCCAAAACCUUCCAGAGGAACUUGGAAAGGACGAGAGCUACCUGAGUCGCCUGGCCUUUACCCUGAACCACCAUCGAUCCCAACUAACCUGGAUGUCAUACGCUAUUGGCACGUCGACAGAGCAACUGGCGGAAUCUCUCCAAGACCCAAAAUGCCUAUCAUUCCGGCCUAACCGCAGCCAACGUCCAAGGAUAGGAUUCGUGUUCACUGGGCAAGGUGCACAAUGGGCGAGGAUGGGAGCGGAGCUGCUGAUGUACGACGUGUUUUCCAACAGCAUUAAGGCCGCCGACCGCUACUUCACCCAGGAGCUGGGGUGUCCGUGGUCCGCACUGAAGGAGCUGCUCUGCCAGGGGAGCUCAUCCAACAUCAACGACCCCGUCUAUGCGCAACCACUCGCCACCGUGUUACAAGUAGCUCUGGUAGAACUACUGGCUUCAUGGAACAUCACACCGUCCUCGAUAGUUGGGCAUUCAAGUGGAGAGAUUGCCGGGGCCUUUUGCGCUGGUGCCAUAUCGAGAGAAGACGCUUGGAAGAUUGCAUAUUCAAAGGGCGAGGUACUCAAAAACCUGACCGGGCCUCCUGGCGCCAUGAUGGCGGUGAGCCUGUCGGAAGAAGAGGCCCAGGCCUACAUUGACAAGGCUGCGUCAAAGGGGCGGGUAGCUGCAGCCUGCAUUAACUCGCCAUCAAGCGUCACGCUCUCAGGAGAUACUGCGGCCAUCAAUGAGAUCCAGGAGCAACUCAAGGCGGAGGGUCUGUUCCAGCGACGGUUGUUGGUUGGAUUCGCCUACCACUCUCAUCAUAUGGAAUUAAUUGCCGGGGAGUUUUACCAAGGCAUUGAGGACAUCCAAAUCGUUUCUGGGGGUGAUGCCACCACAAUCCCCAUGUAUUCCAGCCUCACGGGAGAACUUGCGGAUCCAAGUCACCUAGCCAGCCCGGAUUACUGGGUCGCAAAUGUCGUUUCACCCGUGCGCUUCUCACAAGCUGCGAGCAAACUGGCGAAUGUUGGAGUGGAUAUCCUCCUCGAGGUCGGUCCCCAUUGCGCUCUGAAGAGCCCGAUUGCGCAAAUCUUGAAGUCUUGUGGGCUGAGCGAUAUCGAUUACCGGUCGGUUCUGUAUCGCGGAAUGGACGCCGCCGAUAGCGCCUUGCAGUGCGCUGGUUCACUUGUUGCCCAGUCAGUUCCUGUCAAUAUUGAGGCACUCAACGGCAACCAAAGAACACUCACAGCCGGGUUCCGUCGCCCUAUCACCAACCUGCACCCGUACGCCUGGAACCACACACGAACCUACUGGGCUGAGCCACCCUUGAACCGCGAUCAUCGCCUGAGAAGUCAGCCACGACGUGAUCUGAUAGGGGCACCUGUUUCUCCUUUGUCUGCAUCCGAGAGGGUAUGGAGGGGUUUUCUGCGCAUCAGCGACGAGCCUUGGAUUGAGCACCACCGAGUCCAGUCGGCCAUUAUUUACCCAGCCGCUGGGUUCCUUGCCAUGGCUAUCGAGGGCGCGCGGCAGCUUGCUGACCCUGGCCUUACGGUCAAGCAGUUUAGAAUCCGAGAUUUUGAGCUUAAGAAUGCCGGUCUGAUUCCUGAGAAUGAUGAGCUGGAGACCACGCUCACAAUGAAACCAAAGGCGAGCGACGCACUGCUCGGCGCCACGGGCUGGCUCCAUUUCUCCGUCUCGUCUCGAAGGGCCGACCAGGACUUUCGCCAGAAUUGCCACGGCCUCGUCAAGAUCGAAUACGGCAAGCCAGGCUCAGUAGCCGUUCCCAGAGUUACGGACGCACAGCAGGGCCACUUUGAGCGAGAAUUCAGACGGAUAGAGCAACAAUGCAGCGAAGUGCAGGACGAGCAGUAUCUUUAUAAGGAUUUACACGGGAAGGGACUUAACUUUGGUCCCAAAUUCAGAACUUUGUCCGAGAUUCGAAGAGGGAAGGAUGUGUCCUUGUGCACCAUCACAAUUCCUACAUCGGGCUCAAAUUUCACAUCGAAGGCUCCUGAAGAAAGGCCUCAUAUCGUCCAUCCCGUGGCCCUAGACGGGCUGGUCCAAUGCUUUUUCGCUGCCACCAUUGGCAGGAAUGGAAGUCUCAAGGCUGGCAUGGUCCCGCGACGGAUGAACGAGGUCACAGUCGACGCCAAGCUUCCAUAUCAAGCGGGGACGCGGUUCCGCGCGUGCGCUGCCGCAUACAGACACGGGUUACAACAAAUGCGCUCUGAUGCUGUGGCGCUCAAUGAGGCUACAGAGGAGCCCGUGAUGACGAUUCAGGGCCUUUACUGGACACCCAUCCAGGAUCUCGCGGCUGCGCCGGCAAGGAAGAGUCUUUGCUACAAUAUGUCAUGGCAGCCUCUGUUUCCAGUCGAGCCAUCGCUUGGAGACUCCGAUGGCACCAAUAACGUGGUUGUCAACGGGGCUAUUCGUUCUGCACCCAAUGGUACCGUCCUGAAGGGACCGCCACAUGGGAAUGGCCGAGACAUUUUUCUCAUCGGACCUGAGGACCUGGAGCCGGCCUCGGAGCAUUUCAUAACCAACCUAUCAGGCCAUCUGAGCAAGAAUUUCGGUUGCCGCGUGCAGAGACUCACUUUUGGGCGGGUCCCUUGUACCAGUGACCUCAGGAACAAGCGAUGCAUCUUCCUAGAGCUUAGCAAGCCUUUCCUUGAAACACCAGACUCAAGUGAGUUUGCGGCGCUCAAGCGAUACAUUCUAGACUCUUUGGACAUCCACUGGAUUACGGUCCAUGACGGGCCAGGAGCCGGGCUCGUCACUGGGUUUGCGAGAACCCUCCGGAACGAGAUGCCCGAUCUGACGUUCCGAGCCCUGAAUUGUACCGAGGACACGGUGUCUGACACAACAGAGGCAGCCUUGAACAUCAUAUCCCAAUUCGUAACCGAGCAGGAUCCCAGCGAAGAUGAGCAUGCCGAUAGUGAGUUUCGACUUCGAGGGGGGAGGCUCGAGGUAUGUCGGGUCCGGGAGUCUGUGGAACUUAACGACGAGAUUCACGACAUGGCGAGCGGCAGGGUCGCGCCGGUCGCAAUCAAGGAUGUCACUACCGAUCUGAUGCUUGGCCCCCAGGCCAUCGGAAGUCUAGAUGGACUCCGCUUCGAGGCAGUUCGUGAGUCAGGGGUCGCGUUGGCCGAUGACGAGGUUGAGAUCGAGGUUAAAGCCACGGGUCUGAAUUUCCGAGACGUCUUGACAGUCAUUGGCGAGAUUCCAGACGACCACGUUGGACGGGAGGCAGCAGGUGUGGUGCUGCGCAAGGGCGCCACAGUGGCAAGAUUUAAGCUGGGCGAUCGCGUAUGCUGUCUUGCGCCCGGCGCGCACAGGACGCGUCUCCGAGUCAGCGAGAAACUAUGCCAGGACAUGGGCCAGAUGUCCCAUCAGGAUGCUGCUUCGCUACCCCUCGUGUUCUGUACCGCAUACCACGCCCUGGUCAAUCUCGCACGCCUGCGGCCAGGGCAGUCGGUCCUCAUUCAUGCCGCGGCCGGCGGCGUGGGCCAGGCGGCCCUGCAGGUCGCACGACACCUCCAACUUGAGAUCUUUGCCACCGUGGGAUCGGCCGAGAAGCGGGAACUAGUGACGACGCACUACGGAGUUUCUGACGACCACGUCUUCAGCUCCAGAGAUUUGACCUUCCGAGCCGGAGUCAUGGCGGUGACGGGCGGCCGCGGCGUCGACUGCGUGCUGAACUCGCUGGCGGGAGAGGCUCUGGCUGAGAGCUGGCACUGCCUGGCGCCUUUCGGCACCUUUGUUGAGAUCGGCAUGAAGGACAUCCUGAGCAAUAGCGCUCUGGACAUGCGGCCGUUCGGCAACAAUGCCACCUUCUGCUUCUUUAACCUCGAGCUCAUGGAGAGGAUUGCGCCGGACAUGCUUGCGGGCAUCCUCGGCGACGUCUGCGCUCUCAUCCGCCAGGGGUCAUUGAAGCCAGUGACGCCAGUUAUGCGCUAUCCUGUUUCCCAAGUUGAGGGCGCGUUCCGGCUGAUGCAAGCCGGCAAGCACCGGGGCAAGAUCGUGCUGGAUUUCGAGAAGCGUAGCAGCAACGAGACGAUCCCCAUGGCCAAGUCGAUCCACGCCGUGGCCAGACUGUCGCCGGAAGCAACCUAUGUGCUUGUUGGUGGGCUGGGUGGGCUGGGGAGAAGCCUCUCGACUCUUUUGGUAUCGCAGGGUGCCCGAAAUCUCUGUUUCUUGUCAAGGUCGGGGGCUGCAUCACCGGAGGCAAAGUCGUUAGUCGAGCGACUCAAAUCGGGGGCGGUACGGACAAAGGUCAUUAGAUGCAAUGUCGCGGAUGAGGCCGAACUCGAGGCAGCAAUGAAGGAAUGCGCCAGAGACAUGCCCCCUAUCAAGGGCGUGAUCCAGGCCGCAAUGGUGCUGCGAGAUGCCGUCUUCGAGGGAAUGACGCACACCCAGUGGGAGCAGUCCCUUCGUCCCAAGGUCCGAGGCUCGUGGAACCUGCACAAGGUCCUCCCGCAAGACAUUGACUUCUUCGUCAUGCUUAGCUCCUUCAGCGGCAUCUUCGGCAACCGAGGGCAAGCCAACUACGCUGCUGGAUGUACCUUCCAGGACGAGCUCGCACGCUUCCGCCACCGGCAGGGCCUCAAGGCAGCGAGCAUAGAUCUCGGGGCCAUGGCCGAUGUCGGGGUCCUGGCCGAGAAGGGCGCGGCAGGCGACAUCGCGUCUUGGAUCGAGCACUUUGGGAUACGCGAAGAAGAGCUCCACACGAUCCUGGUGCUCUCCAUCGCGAGACAGGCCAGCGGCGACUGGGCCGCUGAGAACCCGCAGCUGGUGACUGGCCUCGCGACAGGGGAAGCUGCAAGCCAGGCUGGCGUGUGGCCCCAGUAUCUGGACGAACCCAAGUUCUCACUGAUCGCGCAGCACAGUGGCCAGCAGGGCGACCGUGCUCUCGCAUCUGCAGACUCGCCUGGUGCUAAAUUGGCGCAGGCCGAGUCGAUGGCUGAAGCAGUCCACAUCGUCGUCUCAGGUAUAACUGCCACACUGUCAAAGUCGCUGCAGAUGCCCAGCGAGGAUGUCGACGUCAGUCGUCCCCUUUAUUUCUACGGCGUCGAUUCACUAGUGGCGAUAGAGAUGAGAAACUGGGUUAUCAAGGAGUUCAAGAGUGAUGUCUCGCUCUUUGAUAUCCUCGCUCAGGUCCCAAUUGCGCAAUUGGCUGAAAGCAUUGCCAAGGGAAGCAAAGCGUUUCGCGGGGAAGCGGGUGAGAUAUCUUGA